UGUGAAUAAAUAAUGAAAUUAAUGUAUAUUAUAUUAUGUGUAACAAUACAAGCUCGUUGCAAUCAUGAAUCGAAUGUUUAGAUUUUGCAUUGUGUAAACAUAAAACAUUAUAAAAUAAUAUAAUGUCACGGCGGUCUGUGUUUUUAUUCGCUGCUUUGAUAGUAAUGCUGUAUUUCUCUAUAAUAUUAUUUAUGUUAAAUCCUUUAAAUGGGGCUAAAAGUCCAUAUUAUGGGAACGGUUAUUUGAACCAUUUCGCUUAUCGGCAACUGCCACAAGUAAAUUGGUGUAAGGAACUAAAGUUGCGGUCUCCGCCAUCGCCUGAUGUGGUUGCGCUCAUCUCUUACCCUGGAAGCGGUAAUACAUGGCUUAGGUACCUUCUACAACAGGUUACAGGUAUUGUCACAGGCUCAAUUUAUAUGGAUUAUGGUCUUCGUGUGCAUGGUUUCCCAGCAGAAAAUAUAACAGAUGGCUCAGUACUUGUGGUAAAAACUCAUGAAGCACCACCACUAGAGUCCAACAAGUUUAAAUCUGCUGUUGUGUUAAUGAGAAAUCCAAGAGACUGCAUAUUGGCUGAUUUUAAUAGACUUCACAAAGGUCAUAUUGGGACAGCACCAAAAUCUGCUUUUAGGAUGAUAUCACAAGAGCAUAAAAAGAUAGAUUGGACAACGUACGUGAAAAAUCAGUUAAAAGUGUGGGAGACAUUACAUCAAAUAUGGUUCACAAAGUUCCAGGGUCCUAUACACAUAGUGUUCUAUGAAGUCCUGGUAUCUGAUACUCGAAACACUCUGCAGGGAAUAUUGAAUUUCCUGAAUUUCACUGUGUCUCAGGCGGACAUGGAUUGUGCGAUGAAUCGCAAAGAAGGCAUAUACAGACGGAAGAAAAAACUACAAGGCUUCGACCCUUUUACUCCAGCUAUGUAUAAAGCUAUAGAAAUUUCCAGAAGUCGUGUGCUUAAUAUAAUAAAAUACUAUCGAAAGACGCAUAACUUAAGUGGGUAAUCAUCGUUAGCCCACUGCAGUCCACUGCUGGACAUAGGCCUCUCUUAAGGCACGCCACUGACUACCUACAUAUAAUUAAAUACUGGAUUAGUUAUAAAAGGUAUAGGUACAAAGCCGAAAACUAGGUAGUUGGUAAUUCUAGUGGAACUAAAUCAUAUGAUUUUUUUUAAAUUCUUGUUUCUCCUUUUUUUUAAUUUGAAUAAAUACCAUCCCUACCUUUCGGCUGGCAUGCCCUUUACAACUAACCCAGCAUACUUAGAUAUGUAAGACGAUACAAUAUGCAUAUCAUGUGUACACACAUAAUAUAAUUUUCUGCAGCUCACCUGUAAGGUACAGUCAUCUUAAUAAAUAUAAGGGUAAGAUAUCACUAACACAAUCUUAUAUAGUCUUUGUGUUUGUUGACUAGUUCCUAGUUUCGUUUUGAGAAACAAAUAAUAUAUUUGCAUUAAUUAGUUUUAAUUUUCUCUU